AUGAAAGCGUGGGGAGGGAAAUCGACUUUGCUCGACCGAGGCUAUGAUGCCGCCGUAGAAGAGGGCGGAUUCCGACCGCGAAAGUUUGCCCCUCCAUCUGCAUUCGCGUCGCCACUUGACGAGAUGUCACCAAUUGUCAAAGCAUCAAUUCACUUUUCGUUACUCCACAUCAUCCGCAUUUUUCCUCAGCAUGGUCACCCUUCUACUUGUUCCCCCUCAAUUGUAUUGCCAAGGUCGCACCAUAGCCUCUUUCCUUUGCGGUUAACAACAAAAGGUUGUAGUCCAACGCUCUUCACACGACAAUGCUCCUGUAGAAGGGAUUUCACGCCUGAUGCUAAUAUGAUAGGUCCUGAGGAGGUUAGCCAAGUGAACACCGGCGCAACACUGGCACACCAUACGAUCAAGUAUCGCGAGAUUUUGCGAGAACGUAGCUUGCUCCUACUUGAUUAUCAUGUAGCAAGGAUCCUGUUCAAGAGCAUCGCUACUAAUAGUCACGCAUCACCACCCUGUCUAUCGGCUUCUUCGUCAACAUUCGUUACUAGGUGUUUCCACAGCCCAUUCACUAAGCGGCUUGGUGAUAUGGAUGAAAGUGGUGACGAUGAAAAGUAUAAUAAACUAGGGCAGUACCAUGGUCCAAUUCAUUCCAUAAAUAGGCGUCCACUUGAUCUACAUUACCAGAGCAAGGACCUACCAUUUCCAUACAACCUUAAACACUUCUAUGCAUCCUGGGUGUUAGCAGAAGUAGUCACUGCUGGAAUUCUAACUUCACUAACGCUCGCCGCCUUAGUCGAUGACCUUGAGAGAACGGGUUUGCUCAAGCAUGUUUGCGGGAAGAUAUCGAAGACGGAAACUUUAGAGCUGUAUGAAUGA